AUGGAUAGUCACUACCGCAAUAUGUCUGCAACACAUGGUGCAAAUUAUGAAAUUUUUCAAAACUUUAUUGCUGGAGGUGUAGGUGGUACAUGUUGUGUAAUAUCAGGACAUCCAUUUGAUACUAUAAAGGUACGCCUUCAAACAAUGACUGGAAUUCCGUCUGGAAAGGCACCGAUAUAUACUGGCGCUUUAGAUUGUCUCAAACAAAUGAUUGUCAGAGAAGGGUUUUUUUCAUUAUAUAAGGGUAUGGCUGCUCCAGUAUUAGGAGUAUCACCUUUAUUUGCUAUUUAUUUUGGUGGAUGCUCAUUUGGUAGAUGGUUACAACAAAAUUCGCCAGAUCAAGAAAUGACUAUUUUUCAAAAUUUUCUAUCUGGUAGUCUUGCUGGCAUGUUUACUACUAUAAUUAUGGUGCCUGGUGAGCGUAUCAAGUGUCUUUUACAGGUACAACAUUCAUGCUCUUCAAAUUCAUCAUUCGCACAUUACAAAGGCCCUGUAGAUGUGGUUAAGACAUUAUAUAAAGAGGGUGGUGUUAGCAGCAUUUACAGAGGCACUAUGGCAACUUUACUGAGAGAUAUUCCAUCUAGUGGCAUCUAUUUGGCAACUUAUGAAUAUCUCAAAAAACUGUUUACGGGAGAUGACAAAACUAAGAAGUUAAGCGUAAUGUCAACUCUAAUGGCCGGUGGUUUUGCUGGCAUUGCUAAUUGGUCUCUAUGUAUUCCAGCAGAUGUACUAAAGUCACGUUUACAGACAGCACCGGAAGGGAAGUAUCCAAAAGGAAUACGUAGUGUGUUCAAGGAAACAAUGCAGGAAGAAGGUCCAAGAGCUUUAUUCAGAGGCUUUACACCUGUCAUGGCACGUGCUUUCCCUGCAAAUGCUGCAUGUUUUCUUGGAUUCGAAAUGGCUUUAAGUUGUUUUCAAUAUCUGGAGACAUCUAGUCUGUGA